AUGGAGCUCACGAAGCAGGGGCCACACCCGCCGCUGCCUCCGCCUGCCCACCGGGCCGCGCAGGUCCCGUACCCCGCCGCCGUGUGCUGCCCUGACAACCGGACCGCGCAGGUGCACCCGAUCGUGCCCGCGAGCCAGCAGCCAGGUGUGCCCACUCCCAGCGCACACCAAUCCGGUUGCAGGCCUUCGAGCAGGGCAUCAUCGCCGAGGCCGCCGCGGCAGGCGCCGAGUGUUCAGACGGAUUUUCCAGAAAUGUUCGUACCACAGCCGCCGCCGCCCUCAGCCAGCAAUAAGAUGGCGGUGUCGUUCAAGGUCCAGACGCUGAAAUCACCGCCGUCGACGCAGCUAUCUCCUGCCAAGCGUUCUGUUCUCAAGGGAUUGCCCCCAAAGGCUCAUCCGCAGGAUCAGUUCGAUUCGGUGAGAUCGAAAUUCAGGGUGACUCUGGCUGCUGUGCUGAGUGUCGAUUCUCAUCACCAAAUGGGACAUCAAUCUGCUGGAAAUGUGCCACCUUUGGCAUCAACUGGUAAGAACAUGCAGGCGGACGGUGGUAGAAUACAACGAUUCACAACUGCCUUCCUGGUUUCAAGUAAAGAUGAUGAUGAAAAUGCGACAAAACUUGCUGCUUCUAGAAGAAGUGAGCAUGUUGGCAUGUUACAUAGCAAUCUGAAACCAGACAUGACAGCACAAGUGAGGGAUGAUAUGCAGCAAGAAACAGAGCAUGCCACCUCGGGAAACAGAGCAUGGCUUUGCUGGGACCCUGACAUUGCCAUUGGAGCUUCUCGAUCCAUGUCACAGCCCAAUCCGAAAAGGGCCAGGGUGUCUGAUGUUCAAGCUGGGGCAAAUGUAUCUGCAAUUGCUUCAGAGUCUAAUAGAGCAGAUACCACUGAUGAGACAACUGAAGAAAAGAAGAUCAGGAUUCGUGAGGCCCAGAGUCUAGCAUUUGCAAUUGAAGAGGAGUUGUUCAAAUUUUCUGGAGGAGUUAAUAAGAAAUACAGGGAGAAAUGUAGAUCACUCCUGGUUAAUCUGAAGGAUAAAAGUAAUCCUGUGCUCAGGGAACGAGUCUUGUCUGGGGACAUAACACCCAAAUGCCUAUGUGCAAUGACUAUUGAAGAAUUUGCUUCAAAGGAGUUUCCAGAGAUGUUUAUACCACAGCCCUCGGCCGGCAAGAAGGUGACAGUGUCGCCAAAGGUCCAGAUGCUGAAGUCAAUGCCGCCACAGUUAUCUGCUGGCAAGCGUUUUGUUCAGAAGGAACUGCCACCAAAGGCUCAUUCACAGAUGCAGUUGUCUGAGUCAGUGCGAUUGAAGUUCAGGGAGACUCUGGCUGCUGCGUUGAGUAUCGAGUCUGACAAACAGAUGGGACAGCAAUGUGCUGGAAAUGUGCCACCUUUGGGAUCAGCUGGUGGGAACAUACAGGCAGACCGUGGUAGAAUGCAAGGAUUCACAACUGCCUUCCAGGUUGCAGGUAAAGGUGAUGAUGAAAAUGUGACAAAAGUUGCUACUAGAAGAAGUGAACACGGUGACAUGUCAAAUAGCAAUCUCAGACCAUACAUGAAAAUAGAAGUGAGGGAUGAUAUGCAGCAACAAACAGUACAUGUACCCUUGGGAGACAAAGUAUCAGGUAAUAGCUCUGUUGCUUUAGAUGAUCUGUUGCAAGAUCAGGGGCUUUGCUGGUCUCCUAUUGGAGCUUCUCAAUCUCGAUCCAUGUCACAACCCAAUCCAAAAAGGGCCAAGAUGUCUGAUGUUCAAGCUGGGGUUAAUGCAUCUGAAAUUGGCACAGAGUCUAAAAGAACAAUUACCACCGGUGAGACAAUUGAAGGAAAGAAGGUCAGGAUUCACAAGGCCCAAAGUUUAGCAUUUAAAAUUGAAGAGGAGCUGUUCAAAUUAUUUGGAGGAGUUAAUAAGAAAUACAAGGAGAAGGGUAGAUCACUUCUGUUUAAUCUGAAAGAUAAAAAUAAUCCCGUGCUCAAGGAACAAGUCUUGUCUGGGGACAUAGCACCUAAAUACCUAUGUGCAAUGACUAUUGAAGAACUUGCUUCAAAGGAGCUUUCAGAGUGGCGGAUGGUUAAAGCUGAAGAGUUUGCAAACAUGGUUGUUCUUCCUCAUAGAGAAGUGGAUGUUAGACGUUUGGUGAGGAAAACGCACAAAGGAGAAUUUCAAAUUGAAGUAGAAGAAACUGAUGUGACAGAAGUUGGGCUUGGGGGUGAAUCACCUUCCUAUGUUCCAUCAAAACAUGUUGCAGUUCAAACCAAAUCUGAUGAUAAAACAAGUGUAGACAACGAGGUCAAUGGAUCAGACAACAGUGUGCAGGAUGGUGUUGCCGGAACAUGCAACAACAACACGUCGAACAAUUUGGAUUAUCCACCAAAUGGGAAAAGUGAUCUCAUGCAAGAGCUAAUGAUUGAUGCUUUGAAGGUUAAAGAGAAUCUUCCACAGAUCAUGACAUUGGAUGAAUUCUUGCAGGACCCUCAUUAUCAGCCCACUGGAGCCCUGCAAGAUGAUUCCCGUAUUGACAAAGCUGACAAGGCUUUGAAGUCAGACUUUCUUCCAACAGCUAAAGACAAGGCUGAUGCAUCAGAUUUCCUGUUUCAUUCUAAUUUGCCAUCUCCACAAGCCAAUUGUGAGUCCAAGUUAGAAUCAGCGAUGAACAAAUCAGUCUCAAUUUUAGGUCCAGUUGAAGAACCAAAGGGAGAUGUGUUGGUUAAAUCUCCCCCUGAAAAGGCGGUUGCUGAAAAACCAGAUACUGUUAAUGGCUCUGUUCCUGAAUCUACUGUGCACUGUAAGAUAACUCCUGAUGCUGCACUGACGCAUGACAGUAUAUGGGAGGGAUCAAUUCAGCUUAGUUCGUCCACACUCACAAAUAUGGUUGCUAUAUUUAAAAGUGGUGAAAAGCCGUCUACAAAUGGGUGGCACCGCUUUCUUGAGAUCAAAGGAAGAGUGAGGCUCAGUGUUUUUGAAGAAUUUCUGGUAGAAUUUCCUAAAUCCAGGAGCCGUGCUAUCAUGGUAACUGAGUUAUGUUGGAAGGAGGGUUCUCUUGAGAGUGGUCGGCAUCAUCUUUCACAGACCAUUGACUCGUAUAUUGGAGAUGAGAGAGUAGGUCUAGUGAAGCUUGCGGAAGGGAUGGAGUUGUACCUCUGUCCUCGAGGGAAGGCCACUCAGAUACUUGCUGACCACCUACCAAAGGAGCACUCAGGCAGUUUAACGGUGGCUGGAACAUCUAUUAUCGGACUCGUCGUGUGGCGGAGACCCCAUGUCACACCGACGGUGCCACCCAAGAGGCAAGAUGUCCCCAAGAGUCGGGCCAUAAUUUCUAGUUCAGUUUUGCCCAGGAUUUCUCAGCCACCAUCUUGCUCUUCCAAUGAUUGUCGCUCCCAGCAGGAUGUUGUAGCCGCUGAGGUUGUUCCGGGCAUUGGUCCUGGUGCUGUUAAGGAUGAUGAUGAUAUGCCAGAAUACAAUUUUGUGAGCGUCUCAAACUCAGCUGGCAAUGUAACGACGUCGCAAACCUACAGGGGCCAUCAGGACACCUCUCUCUCGGAAGAUCGAUUCAGGGAAAUGGUUCGCAAGUAUGGCAACAUCUCUGUUGAAGCCCAUCCCUGGAAUUGCGAUGGUGACUUCGACAUGCCAGAGUGGAACCCAAACUCUCAAAGCUAUCUCCUGCAGACGCAUAUUCCACAACCACAGUCCCCUUAUCAGCACCAGCCAGAGUACCAUUCCAUGUUUGAGUACAACAUGACACGAGAGAACCAAAGCCCCUUGCCCCAAGCAUAUACCCAGCACCAGCAUAUUGGCAUGCGUGAGCAGCAGCCUCUGCCUUAUGGGCACACAAUGCAGCCUUUUCACCAAUCCUACUACGGUGUACCAGAUGACAGUUGGCAAUCCUACCACGGCGUACCAGACGGCAGUUGGCAAUCCUACUUCCCUGGGCCUGACUACAUUCAAACCAAUGACCCUUGGAACCAGGGGCUGAUGGCAUGGAAUCCAUGGUAGUUUCAUGCAAUGUGCAAGCAUCUGUUCUGGGGGUUAUCUCAUCCCUUAUUUCACAUAUAUAAAUAUCAGAUUAUGUGCAUAUAGAGAUGGGAAAAUUGUUUUUUUUGAAGUGAGAUGGGAAAAUUAGUUGGUUUCUGAUUGCAUGUUUUGUGUUAUAUCUGUACCUCGUGCAUCCAGUUAUGCUUCUGGUUUCCCAGGGACUGAAAUGUAUGCAACUACAAAAUUAGGCGUCAACUUGGCAGCUGCAAGAAUCGAAAGCUGAAAUUG